AAAAUAAAACCAAAAGAAGAUGAGACUCGUUUCCCAGUGCAAAACAGUGAAACCCAUAUGGACUGGUAAAGGUGACUGGAGGUAAGCAAAUUGAUACUUCUGCUGAGAGAAAUAGAAAAGCGAUACCAUAAUAGAGAGAGAAAGAGAUGAGCAGCUCGCAAGUGAUAACGUGCAAAGGAGUGGUGUGCUGGGGAGCAGAGGAGGAAUGGAAAGUGGAGGAGAUACAAGUGGAUCCUCCCAAGGGGAGCGAAGUGAGGAUGAAGAUGUUGUUUGCCAGUGUUUGCCACACGGAUGUCAUAUGUUCCCGGGGUUUCCCUUUUCCAGUUUACCCUCGAGUUCUCGGCCACGAAGGUGUCGGGAUUGUGGAGAGCGUUGGAGAGGAAGUGAAAGAGUGGAAGAAAGGAGAUGUGGUUAUUCCCCUGUUUCUUGGAGAAUGCGGAGAGUGUGAGAACUGCAACUCGGAGAAGACAAACUUAUGCCUCCGGCAUCCGCUCUCUUUUAGUGGCGUGCUGCCGGAUGGCACGUCGCGAAUGUCCAUCCGAGGCCAGACCCUGUACCACCUCCUCUCUUGCUCCACCUGGUCCGAGUACACGGUGUGCGACGCCAAUUAUGUUGUGAAGGUUGACCCAGGUGUAGCUCUCCCGCAUGCUAGCUUCUUGUCAUGCGGAUUCUCCACUGGGUUUGGGGCCGCUUGGAUGGACUCUAAGGUCGAGAGUGGCUCCUCCGUGGCUGUGAUUGGCCUCGGUGCUGUUGGACUUGGGGCCAUAGAAGGAGCAAGAGUGCAAGGGGCGAGUACCAUAAUCGGCGUGGACAAAAACAGGAUGAAGAAGGACAAGGGAGAAGCCUUUGGAAUGACUCAUUUCAUUAAUCCAGAUGAUCACGAGUCCUCCGAUAAUGCAGAUUCGAAAUCCAUCUCCCAAAUGGUCAAAGACCUGACGGGCGGAGUCGGCGUGGACUACUGCUUUGAGUGCACUGGAGUAACUGACUUGAUCGACCAGGCCCUAGAAGCCACUAAAAUGGGAAAAGGCAAAGCAGUGGUAGUGGGUGAGGGGCUGAACCCUUUUGUGCGGAUUAGUUUUCUGAAUCUGAUUAUGGGGAGAACAUUGAAGGGAACCAUUUUUGGAGGCCUCAAAAGCAAGACCCACCUCCCCCUCCUCCUCCACAAAUCGAAAACUAAGGAGAUACGACUUGAUGAACUUCUAACCCACGAGAUGAAAUUGGAAGACGUACCAAAAGCUCCUGAGAUACUUAAGCAGUCAAAUUGCGUCAAGAUUUUGAUCAAGAUUUAACGCUCCAUUUGCCUAUUGCCUCCUCCCCUUUCUUUCUCGAGCUUGUCCAGAACGAUGUUGACCAUGUUUUGUGUACUUUUACUCGUGAAAUUCCAAUAAUAUAUAACGGAGCAAUGGACCCAACAGAUUGUUACAAA